UUUCUCAGCAGCCUAGAGGCGGAUCCCUGACCACCAUGGAAUUGCCUCUGAGCCAAGCAACCCUCCGGCACACGCUGCUGCUCCUGCCAGCCCUCUUAAGUUCAGGUCAAGGGGAGCUGGCACCACAAAUUGAUGGUCAGACCUGGGCUGAGAGAGCACUUCGGGAGAAUGAGCGCCAUGCCUUCACCUGUCGGGUGGCAGGGGGAUCUGCCACUCCCCGAUUGGCCUGGUACCUGGAUGGGCAGCUACAGGAGGCCACCACCUCAAGACUCCUGAGUGUGGGCGGGGAGGCCUUCUCUGGAGGCACGAGCACUUUCACUGUCACUGCCCAGCGUGCCCAGCAUGAGCUCAAUUGCUCCCUGCAGGACCCAGGGAGUGGCCGGCCAGCCAAUGCCUCUGUCAUUCUCAAUGUGCAAUUUAAGCCAGAGAUUGCCCAGGUUGGGGCCAAGUAUCAGGAAGCUCAGGGCCCAGGCCUUCUGGUUGUCCUGUUUGCUCUGGUGCGGGCCAACCCACCUGCCAAUGUCACCUGGGUUGACCAGGAUGGGCCAGUGACUGUCAAUGCCUCUGACUUCCUGGUGCUGGAUGCUCAGAACUAUCCCUGGCUCACGAACCACACAGUACAGCUGCAGCUCCACAGCCUGGCACACAACCUCUCAGUGGUGGCCACCAAUGAUGUGGGUGUCACCAGUGCCUCACUUCCAGCUCCAGGGCUCCUGGCCACCCGAGUAGAAGUGCCAUUGCUGGGCAUCGUCGUGGCUGGAGGGCUUGCCUUGGGCACUCUAGUGGGGUUCAGUACCUUGGUGGCCUGUCUGGUCUGCAGGAAAGAGAAGAAAACUAAAGGCCCCUCCCGGCGCCCGUCUCUGAUAUCUAGUGAUUCCAAUAACCUGAAACUGAAUAAUGUACGCCUGCCACGGGAGAACAUGUCCCUCCCAUCCAACCUUCAGCUCAAUGACCUCACCCCGGAUCUCAGAGGGAAAGCAACAGAUCGGCCAGUGGCUCAACAUAGCAGCCAUCCAGAGCUUCUAGAAGCAGAGCCUGGUGGCCUCCUCACCAGCCGAGGCUUCAUCCGUCUCCCAAUGUUGGGCUACAUCUACCGAGUGUCCAGUGUCAGCAGUGACGAGAUCUGGCUCUGAGGGUGAGGGCGAGGCAUGAGGCCCAGGUGGCUUGUGGACUCCCAGGGCAUCCCACUCCAGUGUUUCCUUCAAGCCUUCCUCUGCCUGGCCAUGUUGUGAUCAUGAAGAAGCCAUGCCACUGCCACAUGGCCCUCUUGGUAGGGGUAUCCUGUGGGUCAUGCAUGAUGUAUUUCAUUGCACUCUAACCUUUAAGGCAUGGUCUAGCCUUGGCAAGACCAUUGAUCAGAACUAGACCCCUUGUACUCAACUAAGUUGGUCCCAGGUAGAUGGAACUCUGGCCUGUGUGUCCAUGUGUCACCCACAUGGAAGAGAUGGGCCUACCAUAUGCUCCACAGUAGUAUCCCCUGCACCUCAUACAGUAGGCAGAGGGGUGUGUAUGUGGGGAAUAGGAGGGUCCUUGCACAGCUCAAAUGUCCUUCCUAUGCUAUGCAGCUUUGUCCCCUCAGGGAAAACAGCCCCCUGCUAGCUGUUUAGAACCAAACUGCCCUUUGCUCAGGAACCAGCCCCUUGCCCAGGGUCAUGGUCAAGCACAAAUUAGUCCCUAUUGCUGCGUAUCUCUCUGCCCUUUUGUCCCCACCUCCUCUUGGGCAUCAAAAGUCACACACUAGACAUGACCUCCAUUGGCUGGAGCCCCCAGGUGCUAGCCUCUGGUGUUAGCACAAGAUGAGCAUGAAGAGGUGAUUCUGGCCCCCGCGGUGGCAUGUAGCUAUGUACUGUUUUGUACAAGUGUUCCUACUUUAAGCACAUUCCCCAGGGAAAGGAGGGCCAGGGCCGCCUUAGGUUCCCCUUGUUUGGCCUUCAGCAACUCACUGAGUGUUCUGAGCACUCAUG